AUGGCCGACACAACUCAAGCUCCCAUCAACGGCGGCUUCCCUGCGCAACACGCCUAUCACGAUUCGUACAGCCACGCACAUGUCGCCGCCACCAAUGCUGCCAACUUUCAGCCUGCCCAGUCCUCUACUCCCACGAAUGCCCUCCCUGAACAGAAGAAUGGCAUUUCGAAGGACGAGGUUGGCUGGUACUUUGUCGAGCAGUAUUACACAACCAUGAGCCGUAACCCAGACAAGCUGCCGCUUUUCUAUGCUCGACGCUCCCAGCUCGUCUUCGGUACGGAGGCCGAGUCGGUCCCAGUCGCGGUCGGCCAGAAGGCUAUCAACGAGAAAAUAAAGCAGCUUGACUUCCAGGAUUGCAAAGUCCGCGUCUUGAACGUUGAUUCUCAGGCCUCUUUUGACAACAUCUUGAUUGCCGUCAUUGGCGAGAUCUCGAACAAGUCGGAGCCGUCUCGUAAAUUUGUGCAGACUUUCGUGCUCGCGGAACAGCCUAACGGUUACUACGUGCUCAAUGAUGUGUUCCGGUACUUGGUUGACGAGGAGGAGAUUGUGAACGAGGAGACCGCCCCGGCCGCGGCUCCGUCUGCUUCGGUUGAAGAGCCGGCUGCUGCUGCUGCUGCUGCUGCUGCUGAAGAGCCUGCGCAGCCCGAGCCCGAGUCUGCCCCGGCUGUCGACGUGCAGGAGACCGAAGCGCCUGCACCCGAGGUGGAGGAGAAGGCCGAGCCGGUCCAGGAGAACGGCGACGAGGCGCAACCCCAGGAGGUCGAUUCCCAAGUGAAUGGCGCCGAUGCCGAGAUCGUCGAGCCUGAGCAGGCGACUGCCGUUGCAGAGGAGGUUGAGGCUGAGAAGCCGCCAACCCCCGAGCCCACUCCCGCCCCGUCUGCACAGAAGGAGGCCCCCGCCCCUCCCAAGGAGAACGCGCCCCCGGCCAAGGCUCUCCCCAAGACCUGGGCCAACAUCGCAUCCAAGUCCGGUGCUCCGGCUCCCGUCGUUCCCUCUAUCCCCGCUGCUCCUGCUAAAUCUGCCCCCGCUACUGGCUCGCCCCAGCCGGCCGCUGCCGCCCCUGCCGCCCCCGCCACUCCUGCGCCUGAGAACGUUCCCAGCCAGCCUCCUUCCAAUGAUGGAUCCGGAUGGCAAACCGCCGGUCAUGAUCACAAGAAGACUCAGUCCCGUGCGGGUGAAGAACAGCCCGUUCUUGCUUACAUCAAGAACGUGAACGAAAAGGUGGACGCAAACCUGCUGAAGCAGACCCUCACCCGAUUUGGCAAGCUGAAGCACUUCGACGUGAGCCGUUCGAAGAACUGCGCCUUCGCUGAGUUUGCUGAGCCCGCCGGUUACGCCGCCGCCGUGGCUGCUAACCCGCACCAGAUCGGCUCCGAGCAGAUCUACGUCGAAGAGCGCCGUGCUCGUGGCAAUGCGUAUGGUGGAAAUGCCAAUUACACCGCCGGUCGAGGUGGUGUCGGCCGCGGCCGCGGCGACCGUGCUGGCAGCCAGGGCCGUGGCGGCUUCCAGCGCGACGGACGUGGAGGAUUCGCUCCUCGCGGCCGCGGGAACGUCAAGAACCGCAACCAGCCCCAGGCUGCCUAG